UUUUAAAGUGUUGGCUUUCGUGGGUUUAAUUGAUUUGUUUAGUACUGUAAAGAUUUUAAAUCAAGCAAGUAUUUUGUUAAGAAUAUACAACACCAAAAGCAAUUGCACAUGAACACACACACCAAGAUUAUGAAUUUCUUAUUAGUCUAAUCACCAGUAAUAACAUGGAUCAUGUGAGCUUGUGCUGUUUUUAUGUGAGCCUUUCCGACAAAUCCGGCGCAAUUAAAGAUCUCAGUUUGGAUACUAUUGUAUUAAAAACUACUAAUACAGUAUCUAAUUCAGGAAACCAAUGAUAAUCACAAAUCAUGGGAUGAACAAAAAUUAACUAAACAAACACAUAUAUUAGUUACUUCAUUAUAUAAGAGUAUAUAACACUAACAGCUUGCAAUUUCUACCCCUGCCAGAAAGAAAAUCACACUUACAUUCAAGUCAUACAACCUUUGUCUGCUUAUUUUCUCUUUUGAAGUACUUUCAUCACAAAUGGCAACUGGAAUGGUACUUACUGUUGCUCAGGCACUGUUAUCAGCCUUACAGUCCAAAGAAUUACGAGACCUAUGCUCCACGUUUGGGUAUGUUACUCAACUUCAAGCUCUUGAGCACACUGUCACUACAAUCAAGGCUGUCCUCCUGGAUGCCGAGUCUAAGCACCAAGAGCUCUCUCAUGAAGGCCGAGUUUGGGUUGACAAGCUCAAGGAUGCUGUUUAUGAUGCUGAUGAUUUGUUCGAUGAGUUCAGCACCAUUGCCAAGCGCUAUAAAGCAAUGCCAGGUGGUAAGAUCUCCAAAAAGGUACGCCGUUUCUUAUCUAGUGAAAACAAGGUGUUUUCUGCUUUUACUACGUCUCGAAAGAUUAAGAAGCUUAGGGAGAAGUUGGAUGGCAUUGCCAAAGAUCGUAGUCAAUUUGGGUUUAGUGAUGUGUAUAAACCUGUUAUGAAAAGAAAGGAAACCUAUUCUUAUGUGCGUGAAGAGAGUAUCAUUGGGAGAGAGCAGGACAAGGAGACCAUUUUGGGAAUGUUAUUGUCAAAUGCAAACUCAUCUGUUGAUAUCCAGGACAAUGUUUCCUUUGUCAGUAUUGUGGGGAUUGGAGGGUUGGGGAAAACUGCUCUUGCCCAACUUGUCUUUAUUGAUGACCGAAUUAAGAGUGAAUUUGAGUUGAAAUUUUGGGUCUGUGUCUCUGAAGAAUUUGGCAUGAAAGAAGUCCUUUCUAAAAUCCUUGAGGGUAGUGAGCCUAAUUUAGAAGUGCUACAAAAAAAAGUCAAACAAAAGAUAGAAGGGAAAAGGUACCUUCUUGUUUUAGAUGAUGUAUGGGAAGAGAACCCUCAUGAAUGGCUUGAGUUAAAGGAUUUCUUGUUUUUAGGUGGAAGAGGGAGUAGAAUCAUGGUAACAAGUCGCUCGAAAAAGGUGGCAAGAGCUAUUGGUAGCUAUCCAAUGCACGAGUUACCAGGUCUCUCUGAUGAAAAUUCUUGGUGUUUGUUCAAGAAAAUAGCUUUUGAACAUAAGGAAGAGCAAGCCGACAAAGCUCUAGUUGAGAUAGGCAAAGAUAUUGUCAAAAAAUGUGUUAAUGUUCCUCUCUCUAUAAGAGUGACAGCCAGUUUGCUGUUUGAUCAGAAUAAAACCACAUGGUUGUCUUUUAAAAGUAUGGAUUUGGCUAAAAUGGCUCGCCCUGGUGAGGAUGUGAUAAUGCCAACGUUGAUGUUUAGCUAUUACCAGCUUACUCCCGACUUAAAGAGCUGCUUUAGCUUUUGCUCACUCUAUCCUAAGGAUUAUCGGAUAGAAAAGGGAAACUUAAUCAGUCUCUGGUUGGCACAAGGCUAUCUUGAUCCAGGUCAUGAAGGUCAGAGCAUGGAAGAUGUGGGUGAAUACAAUUUUUCUGUUUUGUUGCAUAGAUGUUUCUUCCAGGAUGUUAAACAGGAUGAAGAUGGUGAAAUUCUCACAUUCAAAAUGCAUGAUCUUAUACAUGAUCUUGCUCAACAAGUAGCUGGAAAGGAGGUUUUGAUGUUCACGGAAAGUACAAGCCCUUUCGACACCAAAAUCCGUCAUUUAUCUGCAGUUGCUUAUACACGUUCGUGUCAGAACUAUAUGUUUCAUCAAAUUGAUUCUACAAAUGAGAUGAAAAAAAUGCGAACAUUUCUUUGUAGAUCGAAUUUGGAGUAUUUUGGAAACUCUUUCACAUCUGAUAAUGUAUAUACAAUUAUUUCGAGAUGUAAGCAAUUGAGGGUAUUGGAGUUAGCUAAUACUUUCAACCUGAAAACAAUACCAAAUACAAUAGGUAAACUAGUGCACUUGAGAUAUUUAAAUCUCUCUAACAACAAAUUACAAAUGCUUCCCAAUUCAAUCACCAAUCUUUAUAACUUGCAAAUAUUGGAUUUACACAAAUGUAAGCAUCUAAGAGAGUUACCAAAGGACUUGAGAAACUUAGCAAAUCUCAGGCUCUUGAAUAUUUCUGGAUGUACUUGGUUGACCCAUAUGCCAGCAGGAAUGGGUAAUUUAACAUGUCUUCACACACUAACAAAUUUUGUUGUAGGUGGGGACAAUGACAAGCAAGUUCAGAAAGGGGAGCUCAUUGACUUAAAAAGUCUAGUUAAUUUGAGAGGUGAACUCUUUAUUACAGUGAAAGAAUUUUCAUCAAAUGAUAUGCUCAAAGAUACAAAAGGAGCGGAUAUAUUAAGGAAGGCGCGUCUCGAUGCUUUAAAAAUAUAUUGUUAUAGUUGGGGCCAAGGUCAUUUCCAUGAAAUUUUGUUGGAGGGACUCUGCCCCAACCAUGAUCUUAGGAAAUUUAAGAUAGAUGGAUAUGAAGGCACAACAUUGCCAAGCUGGGCGUUGAUGAUGGGAACCUAUCUUCCACAGCUUGUGACUAUCAAGUUGUGGGGUCUACGUAAGUUGCAGCAUCUCCCAUCAUUGAGUGAACUUUGUCAUCUCAAAUCUCUUCAGCUUUUUUUCAUGGAUGAUAUUGAGUACAUAGAAGGCCCUUUCAUGCUAGCAUCAAGGUCAGCAGAGUUGAUGACAUUCUUCCCAUCCCUUGAGAAGCUUUGUCUAUUCGAUAUGCCAAAGUUGAAGGGAUGGUGGAGAGACUUAGUGUUGGUGGAGGCUGAUGCAGCUACUGUUGAUAGUUUUAUCGACGGCAAUGGUCGCAGGGAACAAGUGGUGAUCCCUUCAUUUCCUCGUCUUCAUGAAUUAGAGAUAGACGGUUGCCCAAGCAUGACAUACUUUCCUCCAUGCCCAGUUGCAAAAAAAGUGGAGCUAUCAAGAUGCAAUGAAGCACUGACAUUUUGUAUGAAGGAAGGUGUUCCAAGUGCAGUCAUUAUUGCUUCUUCUUCCUCGUCCUCCUCCAACUUGCUGCCCAUUAGUGUGUCUGACACAAGUAAUUCUGGGGAUCUUAUAUUAUUUGAGAGGUUAAAGAUAGAUGAUGCAGGGAUUCUAAACUCACUACUUCAAGAGUUUGGGCGAGGUGCUGUUGCGAUCUCAAUUGUAAAUUCUAAGAUGGACAGUUUUUCAGUAUGUAAGCUUGGAUUUCAAAGGUAUUGUGCCUCUUCCCUUCGGGAACUUUCAAUUUAUAAGUGCUGGAAGCUGAAGAGUUUGUCAGAAGGAGGAAUAGAGCAUCUCACAAACCUACAACAUCUCUAUAUUGACGAUUGCUAUCUGCUGGAUUUGGAAGAGAAAGAGAAUAUGCCAUGGAAAUCUCUUCACUCCCUCUCUUCCUUGACAUUACGCAAUCUUCCAAAGCUGGUGAAUCUCCCAGAGGGGCUUCAAUAUGUAACCACUCUUCUGUCGCUCCGCAUUAAUUCCUGCAAAAAUUUGAAGGUCCUUCCACAAUGGUUUUACUUACUUUGUUCUCUGGAAUCGCUUCAACUCUUGAGGUGCUCUGAGCUAAAAUCAUUGCCAGAAGUAUUACGUCGGAUGAACUCCCUUACAGAACUUCUUGCAAUUUCUACCCCUGCCAGAAAGAAAAUCACACUUACAUUCAAGUCAUACAACCCUUUUCUGCUUAUUUUCUCUUUUGAAAUACUUUCAUCACAAAUGGCAACUGGAAUGGUACUUACUGUUGCUCAGACACUGUUAUCAGCCUUACAGUCCAAAGAAUUACGAGACCUAUGCUCCAUGUUUGGGUAUGUUACUCAACUUGAAGCUCUUGAGCACACUGUCACUACAAUCAAGGCUGUCCUCCUGGAUGCCGAGUCUAAGCACCAAGAGCUCUCCCAUGAAGGCCGAGUUUGGGUUGACAAGCUCAAGGAUGCUGUUUAUGAUGCUGAUGAUUUGUUCGAUGAGUUCACCACCAUUGCUAAGCGCUAUAAAGCAAUGCCAGGUGGUAAGAUCUCCAAAAAGGUACGCCGUUUCUUAUCUAGUGAAAACAAAGUGUUUUCUGCUUUUACUACGUCUCAAAAGAUUAAGAAGCUUAGGGAGAAGUUAGAUGGCAUUGCCAAAGAUCGUAGUGAGUUUGGGUUUAAUGAUGUGUAUGAACCUGUUAAGAGAAGAGAGGAAACAUGUUCUUAUGUGUAUGAAAAGAGUAUUAUUGGGAGAGAGGCCGAUAAGGAGGCCAUUGUUGACAUGUUAGUGUCUGACUCAAACUCUUGUGCUGAUAGUCAGGAAAAUGUUUCGUUUGUCACUGUUGUUGGGAUUGGAGGGUUGGGGAAAACUGCUCUUGCUCAACUUGUCUUUAAUGAUGAUAGGAUCAAGAGUAAAUUUGAAUUGAUGAAGUGGGUUUGUGUCUCUGAAGAUUUUGGCCUGAAAGAAGUCCUUUCGAAGAUCCUUGGGAGAGAUGAACCUAGAUUAGAAGAGCUGCAAAGAGAAGUCCGUCAAAAGAUAGAAGGGAAAAGGUACUUUCUUGUUCUAGAUGAUGUAUGGGAGGUGAGACAUCAUGAAUGGCUUAAGUUAAAGGAGUUCUUUGUUUUAGGUGGUAGGGGAAGUAGAAUUAUGGUAACUAGCCGCUCCAAAAAGGUGGCAGCAGCUAUUGGUAGCUAUCCUAUGCAUGAGUUGCAAGGUCUAUCGGAGGAAAAUUCUUGGUGUUUGUUCAAGAAAAUAGCAUUUGAGGAUAGGGAAGAGCAGGCCCACACUGAUCUAGUUGAAAUUGGCAGAGAUAUUGUCAACAAAUGUGCGGAUGACGUAAUGCAGACAUUGAUGUUUAGCUAUUAUCAUCUUACUCCUGAGUUGAAGAGUUGUUUAAGCUUUUGCUCACUCUUUCCUAAGGAUUAUGUCAUGAAGAAAGACAAAGAUGUGGGUGAAUACAAUUUUUCUAUGUUGCUGCAUAGAUGCUUCUUCCAAGACAUUGAACAGGAUGAAGAUGGUAAAAUUCGCAAAUUCAAAAUGCAUGAUCUUAUACACGAUCUUGCUCAACAAGUAGCAGGAAAGGAGGUUUUGAUGCUCACAGAAAGUACAAGGCCUUUCGACACCAAAAUCCGUCAUUUAUCUGCUGUUGAUUGUACAGAUUCGUGUUGGAAGCACAAAAUUCAUCAAAUUCAUUCUACAAAUGAGAUGAAAGCAAUGCGAACAUUUCUUUGUAGAUCAGACCUUUUAACAUCUGAUGAUGUAGAUACAAUUAUUUCAAGAUGUAGGCAUUUGAGGGUAUUGGGGUUAGCUAAUACUUUGAAUCUAAAAACUAUAUCCACUGCAAUAGGUAAACUAUUGCACUUGAGAUAUCUAAAUCUCUAUGGCAACGAUUUACAGAUGCUUCCCGAUUCAAUUACCAAUCUUUAUAACUUGCAAAUAUUGAAUUUACGCAAAUGUAGGGAGCUGAGGGAGUUACCAAAAGACUUGAGAAACUUGGCAAAUCUCAGGCACUUGGAUAUUUCUGGAUGUGAUAGCUUGACCCAUAUGCCAGCAGGAAUGGGUAAUUUAACAUGUCUUCACACACUAACAAAUUUUGUUGUAGGUGGGGAUAAUGACAAUCAAGUUCAGAAAGGGGAGCUCAUUGACUUGAAAAGUCUUGUUAAUUUGAGAGGUGAACUCGAAAUUAAAGUGAAAGAAUUUUCUUCAAAUGAUAUGCCAACUGGUACAAAAGGAGCGGACAUAUUAAGGAAGGCGCGUCUCGAUGCUUUAGAAAUAAAUUUUAAUUUUAGUAGUCGGGGCCAAGAUCAUGUCCACGAAAUUUUGUUAGAGGGGCUCUGCCCUAACCAUGAUCUUAGCAAAAUUGUGAUAGGUGGAUACGACGGAGCAAGAUUGCCAAGCUGGGCGUUGAUGAUGGAAACCUAUCUUCCACAACUUGUGACUAUCGAGUUGUGGGGUUUAUCUAAGUUGCAGAAUCUCGCGUCAUUGAGUGAGCUUUGUCAUCUUAAAUGUCUUCAGAUUUCUGACAUGGAUGAUCUUGAGGGCAUAGAAGGUCCUUUGAUGCUAGCAUCAAGGUCUGCAGAGUUGAUGACAUUCUUCCCAUCCCUUGAGAAGCUUUUUCUAUUCGAUAUGCCAAAGUUGAAGGGAUGGUGGAGAGACUUAGUGUUGGUGGAGGCUGAUGCAGCUACUGCGGAUAGUUUCAUAGACAGCAAUGGUCGCAGGGAACAAGUGGUCAUCCCUUCAUUUCCUCGUCUUCAUAAAUUAGAGAUAGAACGUUGCCGGAGCAUGACAUACUUUCCUCCAUGCCCACUUGCAAGAAGAGUGAAACUAUUAAGAUGCAAUGAAGCACUGACAUUUUGUAUGAAGGAAGGUGUUCCAAGUGCAGUCAUUAUUGCCUCUUCUUCCUUGUCCACCUCCAACUUGGUUCCCAUUAGUGUGUCUGACACAAGUAAUUCUGGGGAUCCCAUAUUAUUUGAGAAGUUAAACAUAGAUGAUGCAGGGAUUCUAAACUCACUACUUGAAGAGUUUAGGCGAGGUGCUGUUGAGAUCUCAAUUGAAAAAUCUGAGAUGGACAGCUUUUCAGUAUGUAAGCUUGGAUUUCAAAGGUAUUGUGCCUCUUCCCUUCGGAAACUUUCAAUUUUUAGAUGCUUGAACCUGGAAAGUUUGUCAGGAGGAGGAAUAGAGCAUCUCGCAAACCUACAAGAUCUACGUAUUAGCUAUUGCAAUCUGCUGGAUUUGGAAGAGAAAGAGAAUAUGCCAUGGAAAUCUCUUCACUCCCUCUCUUCCUUGAAAUUAGAAUUCCUUCCAAAGCUGGUGAAUCUCCCAAAGGGACUUCAACAUGUAACCACUCUUCGGUCGCUCCGCAUUUGUUCCUGCAUAAAUUUAAAGGCCCUUCCACAAUGGCUUAACUCACUUUGUUCACUGCAAUCGCUUCAACUCGAGUGGUGCUAUGAACUAAAGUCAUUGCCUGAAGUAUUAAGCCAGAUGAACUCCCUUACAGAACUUCUAAUAUUUUACUGCAACGAUGAACUAAGAGACAGAUGCCGAGAACCAGACGGCGAGGAUUGGCCCAAAAUACGCCAUGUUUCUCAAUUACGUAUGCCGUGAAGAACAAUGAUUCAACUUUGCUUUCAGUU